AUGUUGAGCCUUCGGAGCCAGACGGAGUGGAGGAUCAUAUGGAAGACGUCGAAUCUCUUCGGAGGGCUGUUGAAAAGGAAGUGCCUCUUCACCUUCCCCACGUUGGCCUGCAGCCGCCGGUACUCCGCCUCCGGUACGGCGGUGAGGAUCCCCCUCAGCCGAGGGAUCUCGGGCGGCGCCACCGCCAACGAGAACGCCUCCCAGCGCAGCACAUCCCCGAACGGGGCCACGUACCCCUCAGAGAUCAACACCGGCACGCACCCCGCGUACACGGCCUCCGCCACCCGCGGGCUCGCCACCUCGUACCCGCUUGGGCAGAGGCAGAAUCUCGACCGCCGCAUCAUCCCGUAG